AGGAGACCGUCUGAGUAUCAUAUGAUAGCCAAAGGAUUCGUUUCUGAAAUGACUACCACCCUUUGCACAAUGAAGAACACUCUCAAAUCUGCCACACCCUCCAUGGAAGAGCUGGAGCAUGUUUUGGACAGCUGCAGGAUGGAACUACGUGAAGUAGAUGAAGUGUGGCCCCAUCUUUAUAUAGGCAACAUUGUGGUUGCACACAACAAGGAAGAACUGAGGAAAUGUGGCAUCACCCAUGUACUGAAUGCAGCACAUGCUGCCUGGGGAAGCAAAGGAAGCCAAGACUUCUAUGGCAAGGAAAUCCAUUACUAUGGAAUAGCAGCAGAAGACUCCACAGACUUUGACCUUAGCAUACAUUUUCAUCCUGCUUCAAAAUAUAUCCAUGAAGUACUAAGUGCACCAAAUGGAAAGAUCCUGGUUCACUGCAUUCUAGGGAAAAGCAGAUCAGCCACCCUGGUCCUAGCAUACCUCAUGAUCUGCCAUAACUUCUCAUUGGCUGAUGCAAUUGAAAGGGUCCUCCAGCAUCGGGCCAUCUCUCCAAACAGAGGAUUCCUGAAACAGCUGCAAGACCUAGAUCUGGAGCUACGAUACAAGAUCAACCUGUGUCAACUUCUGUAAUGUCAAGAAAGACAAGUUGGUCUAGUAAAAAUUAAUCUGCCUACUUACCUUUCACUUUCUCUACACUGGACUGAAUUUAGUUCAAAUCAAGGUCCACAAGUUAGGUCUCUUGCACCUCAAAUGUUCACAUGUCCACCAUCUUGGAUUGGGGUAGAUGACAUCAUUACAAACUACACCAUUGAGGUGUCCCUGUGUGUCACUCACUACAACUGUACCAAAUUUGGUUCAAAUAAGUUAGACAGUCCUCAAGUUAGUGCACUUGCACCUCAAGAGUUCACAUGUCUGCCAUCUUGAAUUGAGAUGGAUGACAUCACAAACUAUGUAGUUGAGGUAUCCCUGUGUGUCCCUAUAGCUGUAGCAAAUUUGGUUCAAAUCGGUUAAGUGGUUCACAAGUUAGUCCACUUAUUUUUAUUGAAACAGGAUGCUGCACUAGAUGGGCCUUGAGACUGAUCCAGCAGGGCUGUUCUUAUGUUCUUAUUUAUUUAUUUAACAUAUUUGUAUACCACCCAAAAUGCAAGUCUCUGGGCAGUUUACAACAAUACAAUAAAACAACAAAUAAAAAGGUUAAACCAUUACAACAAUUUAAAAUUUUUUUAAAGUGUUAAAACUAUUAAAAACCAUUAAACUAUUAAAACAGUAUUAAAAGCCUGGGUGAACAAAUGUGUCUUGACUGCCUUUUUAAAAGUUGUAAGAGAUGGGGAAGCUCUUAUUUCAGCAGGGAGCAUGUUCCAAAGUUUUGGGGCAGCAAUGGAGAAGGCCCAUCCCUGAGCAGCCACCAGACGAGCCGGUGGCACUGCAGAUGAACUUCUCUUGAUGAUCUCAAUGGGUGGUGUGGUUCAUAGCGAAGAAGACGUUCUCUUUAAUACCCAGGGCCCAAGGUGUUUUGGGCUUUAUAGACUAUAACCAAGACCCUGUAUUUUGCCCAGAAACCUAUCGGCAACCAGUGUAGAUCUUUUAAGAUAGGAGUGGUAUGGUCUCUCCGAGAUGACCCGGAGACCAACCUGGCUGCUGCAUUCUGGACCAACUGCCGUUUCUAGACUACAUACAAAGGCAGCCCCACAUACAGCGCAUUGCACGAGUCACGUCUGGAGGUGACCAGCAGAUGUACUACUGUUCUGAGAUCAUUUAUCUCAAGAAAUGGAUGCAGCUGGAAUAUCAGCCAAAGCUCAUAAAAGGCACCUCUGGCCACUACCUCAACCAGGGACACCAGGGAGAAGUUUGUGUCAAGAAGCACCCCCAGACUAUGUACCUGUUCCUUCUGGGGAAGUGUGACCACAUCCAGAACUGGCAGAUCAAAAUCAUCUCCUGAGUUCCAACCCCGCACAAUUAGUAGCUCCAUCGUAUCUGGAUUCAGUCUCAGCUUGUUAUCUCUCAUCCAGCCCAUCACUGCCUCCAGGCAGGCAUCUAGAGAGGUUAUGCAAACCAUGACACAAUAUCCUUAAUUUCACAUGCUAGCAAAAUAAUGCUUAGGCUCAUCCAACGCAGAUUAGAGCCCUACAUGGAAAGGGAAAUGCUGGAUGUUCAAGCCGGUUUCAGAAAAGACCGAGGAACAAGAGACAUCAUUGCUGCUGCACACUGGAUAAUUGAGAAAGCCAAAGAAUACCAAAAAGAAGUCAAUAUGUCCUUUAUUGACUACAGAAAAGCUUUUUAUUGUGUCAACCAUGUCAAGCUGUGGAAUAUACUUAGGAAAAUGGGCAUCCCAGAACAUUGCAUUGUUCUCAUGAGAAACCUAUACACAGGACAGAACAUGGUGAAAUAGACUGGUUCCAGAUCGGCAAAGGAGCAAGACAAGGCUGUAUACUUUCGCCAUCUUUAUUCAAUUUAUAUGCUGAACAUAUACUGAGAGAAUCUGGAUUGGAAGAAAAUGAGUGUGGUUUUAAAGUUGGAGGAAGAAACAUCUGUAACCUGUGCUACGCUGAUGACACCACUCUGAUAUCUGAGAAUGUGGAUGAUCUGCAAGCUCUAGUAAUGAAAGUUAAGGAGCACAGUGAAAAAAUGGGACGACAACUAAAUGUAAAGAAGACUAAACUAAUGACAACGGGUACAGCAACCAGCCUCAGAAUUGACAAUGAAGGCGCUGAAGUGGUGGAUAGCUUCUGCCUUUUAGGAUUGACCGUCAACAGUAAAGGAUCCAGCAGUCAAGAAAUACGCUGCAGACUAGCACUUGGUAGGGUUGCAAUGAAGGCCUUGGAAUGGAUAUUUAGAUGCCAUGACAUGUCUAUACCUACAAUGAUUAGAAUCAUUUGGACAAUGAUUUUUCCCAUGACACUCUAUGGAUGUGCAAGCUGGACUCUGAAGAAGCAAGACAGAAAAAGCACUGACACUUUUGAACUUUGGUGCUGGAGAAGACCUUUGAGGAUACCAUGGACAGCCAGGAAAACAAACAAAUGGAUCGUAGAACAAAUCAAUCUAGAAUUUUCACUUGAAGCAAAAAUGACCAGGCUCAAACUAUCAUACUUCGGACACAUUAUGUGAAGAUCCAGCUCGCUUGAGAAGUCCAUAAUGCUGGGAAAAGUUGAAGAAAAGAGAAGAAGAGGAUGACCAGCAGCAAGGUGGAUGGGCUAGAGAGUACUACAGCAAUGAAUGCACCACUGAGAGACCUUAAAGGACAAGUUAAAGACCAAUCAUCCUGGAGAGAAUCUAUCUAUGUGGUCACUAAGAAUCGCCACCAACUUGAUGGCACUUAAGCAAUCAAUCAAUCAAUCAAUCAAAAAUAUCUUCUCCUGAUGAUGAUGGCAUGGAGAAAAAGAUGUGUGUGUCAUCAGCAUAUUGAUAACACCCUGCACCAAAUCUCCUGAUGAUCUCUCCCAGCAGUUUCAUUUAGAUGUUAAACAACAUCGGAGACAAUAUGUAGCCCUGAGGGACAUCAUACCGAAGUUCAGAUUUUGAAGUCCCGAGGGACACCAUCUGGAAUCUGCCUGUGAGGUAGGAGUGGGACCACUGCAAAGCAGUGCCUCUCACCCCCAACCCCCUCAGAUGUUCCAGUUGAAUACUAUCAUCAAUAGAAUCGAAAGCUGCCAAGAGGUCCAAAAGGACCAACAGAGUCACACUUCCUCUGUCAAUUCUCAAUUGGAGAUCAUUCAUCAGGCCGACCAAGGCAGUCUCCACUCCAUAGUCCACCUGAAAGCCAGUCUGAAACAGGUCUAGACAAUCAGUUUCAUCCAAGACUGCCUGGAGUUGGGAGGCCACCACCCUCUCAAUUACCUUGCCCAAUCACGGAAGGUUGGAGACAGGCCUAUAGUUGCUUAACUCUGAGGGAUCCAAUGCAGGCUUCUUCAAAAGAGGUCUAAUAAUUGCCUCCUUAAGGCAAGGAGGCAUCCUGCCCUCCCUCAGAGAAGCAUUUAUGAUCUCUACUAGGCCUUCUAUAACAACUUCCCUGCCAGAUAGCAUAAUCCAUGUCAGGCAAGGUUCAAGAGAAUGGGUGGUAGGCCACACUGCUCCAAUCUCCACUUGCACCUCAAAAGUUUACGUAUCUGCCAUCUUGAAUCAGGGUGGGCAUCUUCACAAACUACACCAAUGAGGUGUCACUCACUACAAAUGCACUUAAUUUGGUUCAACUCAGUUAGACAGUCCACAAGUUAGCCUACUUGCACCUCAAACAGUCACUCGUCUACCAUCUUGAACUGGAGAGGAUGACAUAAUCACAAACUAUGCUGUUGAGGUGUCUCUGUGUGUCCCUACAACUGUACCUGAUUUGGUUCAUAUUGGUCCAGGUAUUGUGAAGUUGAGGUGGGGGCAACACACAUGGGCACACACAAUGCAGGGUGAUCUAAUAAGCCUAUUGGAAAGUAGGCUAAAAAAUGACCAACGGGCAACAGCUGCUAGAGGGAGAGUUUAAUCGUGCUGCAGUCGCAGCAUCACUAUUAAGACUGAGACUAAGCAUUUUCUCAAUGGGAAUUUCAAAGGCUUCUUUUAGAAACUACAUGAAAAGUCCUUGAAAAUCUAGAAUGUUGGAGAGGUCAAGAUUUGUGAACAAUCUGUUUUGUAUUGAGAGAUUUGUGAAUUUUCUGUAUUUCUUUUAGGCUGAUUGAGUUGGUUAAUUAUAAGAUUUAACAACAAUAAGAAUGUAUUUUAAUAGCACUUUAGGAGUGCUCAGAAAGCUGUAUGUAUAACAGUACAG